AUGGCAACCGUGAGUGAAUAUAAGAGAAUUCAGAUAACGAUCGGUGGUAGUCCGUUUCUGUGUGUGGCAAUUGAUCCAAAUAUGCCUUUGUCUGCUUUACGAGCUGCCAUUAACCAGUGUCGACCCAUAGGAAAGCAGCAGCUCUUUUUAGAUACAGAUAAUUAUCCAAUUGCGAACAAAGAUGAAGCGACGAUCCGUAUCGAAGAAAUCGCGAAGGAUGGUAAAAUGAUGUUACAAGCCAUAGAACAAUCGGAUGCAAACAAAACUUUUUUAAAAGAAGGUACCAAACGUAUAUUUUCAUCUGCUACCACUGAAAAUUUUGACGCAUUUCCUUCAUUUGAUGUACCGCUGCGUCCGGUAACGAUGCCGGGUAACGCAUCGUCAGCAAUGCCGUCAGGACGAGCGGAGCAGUGCCUCGAAACCUUUGAUCGUAACAUGUGGACAACCGUAUUUCACAAGUGUAGAUUGUUUAAAGGUCUACUGUUUGACAACGACAUAUUGAAACCUAGCCGCUACCCGAUCUGCGAGUUGGGUAGAAACUUGACAACCUCAGAUUAUAACUCUCAUAGGACAUCUCGAGUUGAAUCCUAUUUGACGAGUAAUGAACGACAAAAUAAAUUUAUACGAAGCAAACUCAUCAAAUUAGAUGCCAGCUUUAAUACUCCAGUUGCGACGUUACAUGCUAGUGCCACCAAUCAUCAACAGCAAACAGAAAUGCGUGGGAAAAAAACAUUAUAUACAACUUGUGUAUGGAACUUUCCACGAGUUGACGUGUUUCUGUAUGCUGAAGAAGAGAACUGUCAA